GGCCUCCGUAGUCGUGUCCGGGUUGCAGGUGUCAUGGCCGCCGAGUCUGUUUACCAGAAGCUUCUUCCUCAGUAUUCUGAUUAAUAUGUGAUGUACUAAGUGUCAGAGAUGGCGGCGGUGUUCCUGGUCACUCUGUUCGAGUACUCUCCGCUCUUUUAUAUCUCUGUGGUUUCUUUCUGUUUCCUCGUCACCGCCGCCAUGGUGCUCGGCUGGUUUGGUUUUGACGUCCCGGUGCUCCUCCGCAGCUCUGAUGACACAGAGUCAGUCCUGCCCACUCCUGAGAAACAGAUGGUCCAGGUGACCAACCCGUUCAGCCUGCAGGUGGGCUGCAGACCGGCCUCUGUCACAGGUGGAGUGUACCUGAGGCCGUGCUGUCUGGAGCCCUGUGUGCUCACCUGUCUCUGGGGCUGUGAGGUCAGAGCCCUGCAGGGGGCGCUGCAGGCCCACCAACAUGGUCAGAGGAUCAGCACCCCCCAACAGAUCCAGGAGGCCCUGCAGCUCCGCUACCUGCACUGUGAGAGCUUCAAUGUGAGCAGUGAGGACCAGACAGAGCUCCACACACACAUCCCUGCUGAGCGUGGGCUCACUGACUUUGGUCCUCUACCGAGGGAACGCUACCCCCUGGUGGCCGUGCUAACGCUAACCGGGCAGGAAGCAAGAGAGACGCACAACAUAGUGGUCAGCGUGAGCGUCAUCCAUGUUCCUGAUGAGAAGUACAGCCUCUCUGCCCGGGUCCUGUUCCAGUACCUGCUCACCUUACAGGGGAACAUGUUCGAGUUAAAGCCUCUCUUCAUGUCAGCUGACAGCGGGGAGCCAUCAGGGGUCUCAGAGCAGAGCCCUCCACCCACUGAGCCCACUGAGUCCAGCAGACCAGAGCAGAGUCCAGUCCAGGAGGAGGAGGUGGAGGAGGAAGAGGAAGAGGAAGAGGAGGACGAGUGGGCAGGAGGAAGAGGCAGAGACUGUGUGGUGUGUCAGAAUGCAGCGGUGAACCGGGUGCUGCUGCCCUGCAGACACGCCUGUGUGUGUGACGGCUGCGUAUCACGCUUCCAGCACUGCCCCAUCUGCAGGGCAUUCAUCCUGGAGUCCUUCACCCUGAGUCCUGGACCACCUUCACCCUGACACCGGGACCACCUCCACCCUGACACCUGGACCACCUCCACCCACACAUCGUCAACCUUCCCUGUUAUACCAGACACAUCUUCAUCCUGACACCCAAACGGCCAAAUUCCACCAGAUCCGUGUCUGGUCCGUCACAGCACUGGAUCUACAACAACAAACCGUCAUGAUGAGCAGAGCCAGGCCUGGAGUCCAAAGGUCAGAGGUUUUCAGAGGACCAGAAAGACAACAUGGAUGAGGAGAGGAGGAGGAGGAGAAUCCUUGAUUCAGUGAUUACAGCAGGAAAACCUUGGCCACAUGACUCCAGCUGUCUGGAGGACCUGCUCCGUGAUGGGUUCCCGAAAACGCAACCGGUGAGUGUUGACGGACGAGAGAGCACGGAGCCGGACCGCAGUAAAUCAGAAACAGACUGGACACGGAUCUGGUGGGAGUCCCGUGUAACAACCAGCAGGAUACCGAACCAGAGUCCAGACCUGUGUACUCUGGGUUCUUGGUGUUCUUUUCUCUUCAAUCCUCUUCAUCAAACAUUUUUAAAGAUUAGAUUUUAUUAAUUUUGCCUUUUACAGAUUAUUUUAACCCUGUAAACCUUUCACCCUGACAGUGUUUGAGUCUUCUUUCUCUGUGAUCCUGUGGACAAACUAUGACAUCAUAUUGGACCGUGUCUGCAUGAAGUCUGUAUCAGUCUCAUUUACUCUGAGCAUGUCUCUGCAGAUUUGUUUUCAUGUAUGUAAAGGAAUACAAAUAUUUACUGAUGUUUUCAUGUACAGAUUAUUUAUUUUUCUUUAUUUUAGGAGUCAUUCUGUCCUCUUCAGUUGUUUUAAAGGGCCAGAGCAGUAUUUAUUAUCCUCAGCCAAUCAGUGAAGCUUCAACAUGUCUGUAUGAACGGCUGUUAAACUGUGAGGAAGAAUUAAAAUACUGAAGACACUUUGA